AUGAUAUUUAAUCCAAGAUAUGUUCCGUCAUAUCAAGGUGAAGAUCAAUUAGUAAAAAGCAAUUUUUAUGCCGAAGUUAAACAACAAGUUCUUCAUUCUUUGGGCAUUUCUUCCGUUCUCUUUGAAAAAUAUCAUCAACAAAACACAAAUUUAAGACAUUCAGAGUAUAAAUGUUUGCUUACUAAAAAUGGUAAGAAGCAUGCUUAUUUGAUCACGCCAAAUGCACAUAAAUAUGCAAAAGAAGUUUUACAAUUAGGAGAUACAAUUUCUGGUGACUCUUCAUCAUGUAAAUCGGGAAUUGAGUUUGAAUUAAAUAAAGCCGGAGAUUCUCUUGGAAGUUAUCUUAUUGGAGAUACAUUCAAUAAUGAAAUCAUGGCAUCAUACAUUACAGCAUCAAGUCAGUUAACAAAAGCAACUCUUUCUGUUCUUGAUGAUACAGGAAAUUAUAAAAUAACAUAUGAUGGAGCUCCUGAAAAGCCAACCAAAAAUCCAUCAUAUCCAACCAAUCCUACACGUGAGAGACCAGAAUCUUCAUCAGGAAAUCAGCCAAUAUCGGAAUCAACACCGACACCAAAACCAGUUAAUCCAGUCGAGCCAACAGGUGGAAAUGUCAAUCAUGAUAAACCACAGAAAAAUAUGUCCGCUCGAGUCGUUGCAAUUAUGAGAAAUACAAAAAGGGAAUCGUAG